ACAUCCACCACCCCUCCUGUCCUGUUUGACUUGCCCUUGUCUUUUCACCUUCCCCUCCACUCUACCUAAGCUUUUGCUGUCUGUCAAGUCCCUUUCCCAAAGGUGUUGGUUCUCCAGUUGUUCGCAACCGCAACAACGUCGUCCCUGUCAGAAUUACGACGGAACUCUCUUCUCGUCUAGACAACAUUGAAGAAACUCGAAAAGCACAAAUUCCUCUUCUUGAGCAACCACUAUAGUCGAGAUCCAAGAGCCAGACAGGCGGAUAAAGAAGCUACCCCCGGUGAGACGCUGCCGACACGUACGAGUGGUCACUUCUCCAUCUUGGCUGGGUUGCGCUGCAUCGGGUUUCCUGGAAUCCCGACGAGUCAGGCCGAGUGACUGUGAGACCCGCGCCCGUUUCCGCUGCUGGACCACCCUGCCUUUCUACCCUCACCAAACGGAUUCAUACCAUACUACUACAGAAGUCCUUGACGUCCAAUUUCGUACUUCUUUCUCUUGGCCCGCUGUCGCCGACGCCGUCCUGCGACUACGCCUCAUUGCCUUACAUUACAAUACCAGACUACAUACUCUGUACCGGCAGGGCUGCCAGCACACAUACUCUCUGUCACACACACUCUCACUCUCAUUCUCACCUCACACACCUCUCUCAACAGUCUCUUAAGCCCUUGUCGUUCCUCUCUUCGCAUUCCGCCGCCGCGUCCCGCACCGCCGCCGCCCUCACCCCCAAACUCCACGCCCAAUUCACACUUCACACACUCACAUCUUACGCCCCAGCCCUGCCACAUCCAUCCCACCAAAAGUCGCAACUCAUAUCCCGCCAGGAACGAGUUGGGUGAGCAAAAAGCGAAGCCAGGGGUUAAAGGAGCCAAUAUCCAUAUCUACCGCCAGGCAUCCUCCUCUCCCGCAUCACCGCUGCACACGCGUCUUUUCAAACAAGGCGCCCUGGUUUCCAACCCAACCUACCUUGUCUUGUCUCGACCCUGGGCCAGGCCUCCCGUCCGCUCGUCCCGGACCAGCCCACGAUCAACCCUCCCCACGUACGGGUUUGGCUUGAAAGACUCACAGACACCCUCCCCUCCCCCUCCCACCUUUCUUUCGCCGUACCGCACGCCCGGGGAAGCAUAACGAUUCAAAGUCGUUGUCUCUAGCGCCCAUCUCCGCCCUGGUUGGUCAUCGACAACGCCUGGAACCACCCAAGCGACUCAAGUAAACCCGGGAUUCCACUUUCUGCCAAUUUCUAAGCCAAAAACUUUACCUUUGGCAUUACGGCAGAUCACAGCACGCGCCCGCCUUGUGUGAACCUCGCCAAAGAGAGGGGUGGGCUUCCUUCAUCCCACUUUAGGGUCGCGUCUAGGUCCGUUUGCAUUUAUUACCCCUCGGGUCUCAGCUCGUCGCCACAUCUUUAUUUUCUCAUCUCUCUAUUACUACGGAUACACUAGAACGGAUCCCCCUUGCAACUUUCUCACCGACGGACUCCGCCCACCAGGGAAUCAUCCAUAAGGGCCUCGCGCCCACGCGUGUUAAAGACUUGGUUGGGUCUUGUUGCCCCCCGUUCAUGGACGACGCCGUCCUGUUUCACACUCUUCCCGUGGCAACUACUGCAUAACCGCGAGGCUCUUCAGCCUCAGCCCUACCUACCAAUGAGUACCAACUCCAGUCAACACAAGAGCCAGAGGGUUCUGGCCUGUGUUCUUUGCCAACAUCGCAAGAUCAAAUGCGACCGCAACACCCCCUGCUCUAACUGUAUAAAGGCCAACGUCACAUGUACACCUUCAACACCAGCUCCCGCACGCAAGCGCAGGAGGCCGAACCAGGACUUACAAGAAAGACUCGCUAGAUGCGAGGCUCUACUAAAACAGUAUGCCACGACAGGUAGCGAUACGACGCCUCCCGGGACGGCGGCGACGCUUUCACCCACCACGUUUGCUACGCCUUCUUCGGCUGGGCCAUCGCCGAGUAUGCCACAGCUGCCACUGCCCUCGGGGUCCGCUUCAGUAUCCGAGGACACUUCUCCACCCACGACAUCCUGGAAGCCGGCGGGCAAAGUCGUAGUUGAAGACGGCAGCGUCCGCUUCAUGGACAGUUAUGUGUGGGCAACAGUGCAUGACCAGUUGACCGCAAUGCGACAAAUUAUCGAAGCCGAGGAAGAGGAACAGAGUGUUUUAGGAUCCGACGCCGUAACCCCCGACGACAACGUAGAUCUACUUCUAAACGAUAUCGCCGCGAUCGACCUGGAGGACGUUACUCCGUCUCCCGUUCAAAUAUUCAGACUUUGGCAGGUGUUUUUGGAAAGGGUCAACCCAAUCACCAAACUCAUUCACGUACCCAGUCUGCAGCCCUUGGUCGUGGAAGCGGCUGCGAACCACUCCAAUGUCGCGAACAAUGCCCAGGCUCUGCUAUUUGCCAUCUACCUCGUCGCAUCUCUCACCAUGACCGAAUCAGAAGCCAGACAGAUGCUGGAUAUGUCAAAAGAGGAGGCGCUCAAGAAGUUCACUGCUGGCGUCAAGGCGGCAUUGACCAAGGUCAAUUUCCUCAAGAACCAUGACUUGAUGACGCUGCAAGCUUUGAUACUCUAUCUGGUAUCUCUUCAGGGGCGAUACAACCGUCAUGCGGCCUGGGUGCUCAGUGGUGUGCUGAUUCGUAUUGCGCAAAAGAUGGGACUUCACAGGGACGGAGAGCUGCUUAACCUCACUCCAUACGAGACGGAAAUGCGACGACGACUGUGGUGGCAGAUCAUUAUGUUGGACACGAAAUAUGCCAUGGUAUCGGGAUUCUGCGACACGCUGCUGCCAUGGAAUUGGGACACGAACACGCCGCAAAACGUAAACGAUGCCGACCUCUUCCCCGGAUCGACCGAGCCCGUUCAGCCUCGUGAAGGCCCGACAGAAAUGGCCUUCUGCCUGCUCUUGUACGAAGUUGGUCGAUUCAUUGUCGAAAACCGCAUCCCCGAUUUCGAAGCCGUCGUUCUCGGUGCCAUGGAAAACGACAGCCAGGAUUCUCAAAUAGCGACCCAGACUUCGCUUGCCAAGUACCGGGCACUGGUCGACAACCUCGAUGCGAAACUUGUAGCCCUCGAAAAGCGAUAUUGCGACCCCCUGGCUGGCAACAUUCACAUCGUGGCGACCAAGAUCCGAUCCAUGGUUACUGACAAGAUGCGAGCCAUGAUGAUCCCCAUGCGUGAAUUGCCCGAAUUCGGCACCGAGAUCUUCAACGUUCAGGACAACAUGUUCCGGAUAUCGCUCAUGCACCACGAGCACAACGUCGAGUUGUACGACUUUAUGGAGAACACCGGUUUUGUGUGGUUCUUCAAGCUCCACUUCCAAAUCGACGUCUUCAUCGUCAUGGCCGGACAACUAUACAAGAGACCGACGGGCAAAUUGGCUGAUCGCGCGUGGAAGGUGGUGGACAGGAUAUAUCAGUACCACGAGGAGCUGUGGGACAUGUCCAAGAAGGAGAACACCCAGCUGGGCGUGUACAUGCUCAAGGCCUGGAGGGCACGCGAGCGCGCGCUAGUCCAACUUGGCUUGCCUUACGACACGCCCGUUGCCAUCCCGCGACUGCAGGACACCGUGCCCCAGACGAGCUCAGAGGCGUCGUCCUGCGGGCCUUCGCCGGCACAGACGAUGAAGAUGGAAAUCCCUCCGCGGAACGACCAGCCCAUGGACCAAUUCCUCGGCAACUUCCUCGACACCACAAACUUUUACGAUUUGGACAUGUGGGCGGAUUUGGGUGUUCCCAACGGCAACAUGAACCAGCAGUCUUCGUCAAACAUGUUUGGGCAAUUUGGGAAUUUCGGUGUGCCACCAACAAAUAGAGGAUGGUGAACAUCCGGCAGGGCAUUUAUUGGGAUUUCUCACGUCAUGCUAGCUCCGGUGCCUGGGUAGAAAAUGGGAAAGAAAGGGAGUGCGUAGGGACCCGGGGCAUCUGCAAAUCAAUCUCUCGUUGAAAGUAGAAAGGAGACCGGGGGUUAUUCACUUUGGGGGCAUUCUUUGGAAUUUGGAUUUGUCUUUUGGUGUUUAGGAUUUUACAAAGAGACAACUCUCCCACCUCUGUAACGAUAGUACCAUGAGAUGACGAAGCUACCUAAUGGUAAAUAGACGGGAGUCUAU